ACAGCAUCAGCCAUCUUGAUGUUUGCUACGAUGGCAGUCGAUCAUCUGUUUGCAACCUUCAUCCUUCUCCUUAUCUCUAACACAGGGUUCAGUGACGUGUUUGUUCAGACAGGAUCUUCUGUUCAGCUGGAUAUACAGACAAAGGAACUACCAAAGAUGCAUGUCUUAGUAUGGGGAAAAGACAAAUCAACAACAGUAGUUACAUUUAUAACUGCAACAAAACAAGCAAUACGUGACAAAUCAUAUAAGGAGAGAGUACAGUUCAAUACUGAAACCUUCUCUCUGACACUGAAGAACAUGCAGAAGAACGACAGUGGACUCUACACAGCAAGAUUAAUAGAAGAUAAUAAAAAAUUAUUUGCUGAAUACAAAGUAUCUGUUAUAGACUCUGUGGAGGCUCCUGUCCUGACUGUGAACUCAAUCUGGUUCAGCAGUGACUCCUGUACUGUGAACUUCACAUGCAGAGCUCAUGAGCUCAUGAUUAACUCCAGCUAUCAGAACAACAGCUGCUCACCACAGGAAGUGACAUCACAGAUCAACACUCUCAUCCUGGACUGCAAUGAGGAAUACAUCAUCUGUAACCAUAGCAACCCCGUCAGCUGGAAACAAGACAGAAGAAACAUCACACAACUCUGUGUCUAUAAUAAAGAGAAUGAAAUACUGGAAAUCAAACAUACUUCAACAUUGCUCAGCAUUUUCCUCUUUACUGUCAUCGCUGUGGGAGUGAUAGUGUUUGCUGGUUUGGCAUUUUAUUGUUACUGCAAGAAUAAAACAGAUGUCAAACAGGCUGAUGAUACAGACUACGAUGAUGUUGAGACUCUGAUCCAGAAGAUGACAGGAGACACAUGGACCACCGUCACCUACUGUACACUAGGACAACACCAAACACCUCCUCCUUCUCAUGACAGCUAAAGUCUCACAAACAGAAGUUAAAGCCUUAAUUCAGCUUCCGGAUUUAAUGACUCUUGUGGAAGUGUACAGACACUAUUUUUAUUUUGAGUCCAAUGAACUUCAGUCAGACCCUGCAGAUGUUAUAAACGAGUGUUUCUCUGCAUCUCUCAUUAAAUACAGUUUCAUGUGAAAACACUCUUUAUUGGUAAAUGGCAUUAGUCUUUUCUAUCUAUCAUAUAAGAUUUUUGUUUUCACAUGGCAAGUUCCACAAAUGUCAUUACAUUCCAUUACAUCACAUAAUGUAAAUAUAAAUAAUAAUAAAAAACAGUCAUAUUUCAUUUUUAUCACAUUAAUCUCUGGGUUCAUCCAGAUGCUUGCUUCUAAAUGUACUGUAAGAUGUUCCAGGACCCACUUUAAUGUUAACAGAUCUUACAAUAACGCUUUUUUUUUUUAAUUUGAGUUCCUCCAGGAACCUCCAGAGCACUUUGAGGUCUCAGUGUAAUGAAAGGGUGACUCCAGAACCUCAGAACUGGAAACAAAGUGCUUCAAGGAUCCCAUGAGUUCCUGUAUGAACUGUAAAGACUAAAAAUUGUUGUAAAAACUAUAAUAUAUAUAUUAUAAUACACUUAAUUAUAGUAUGGUUCAAAAACUAUAGUAUGUUUUCAUGUGGUGUAGGGUAAUGCAUUAAAACGUGUUUUAAAAAGACCAAACUCAGUAAACAUUUUUAAUAAAGCAUUAUAUUAAAGACAAGCGUGCAUGAAAACACAUAAUUAAAUGUUUUGCGUAUGUAUUCUGGGCUCUGCUUGUCUGUGAAUAGAAUGCCUUAUCAAUAAUGUGGUUACUAAGUUUGGUCUUUUUAAAACACCGUUUUAAUGCAUUAAGCCUCAUAACCUACUUUCACAUUUAGCGUUUUAGAAUUUCCUAUUGAUUAAUUUGUGAAUUUGACUGAUACAAAAGUCUAAACUUGUAGCAGCUAACAUCUUGUGAUUCAAUUAAACAGACACAGUGAGUCAAGUUUACAAUAAAGAAUUGUGAAUUAUAAUGAAGGCUAAAACUGCACACCGUUUUUAGCUUUUUUAACAAUAUACUCCAUCCCAUAACAAGUAUACGCACACUUUUUCUAUCAGGUUUGUCAAUGAAAGAUGAUCGAACCAAUCAGAAUAGGUAUGGGGCAGGAGGACAGGUGCAGCCAUGUCCAGAUCUGCAGACUGCAGCCGGUUAUACUUGAAUGAAAACGCACAUUUGGCUCUAGAAGGGCAAUGACGAAGACAGAAAUGCAGCCGUUGCCCCGGUGUUGUGAGGAAAAUGUAUUAUCUUCCAAAAACUGAUUUGCGCCUUUAAUCACUUUUUGGCAAGUGUAAAAUUGCAUUUUAUGGGUUUAAUGGCCAUCUAAAGGUAUUUCAACAGGACUUCAUGAGCUAUAAUCUGUCAAAUAUAAGUCAUUUAGAUAAUGCAGUCCUUUUUAGCUGUUGAAAUACCUUUAGAUGGCCAAUAAAACCAAUGAAAUGCAGUUUUACACUUGCCAAAAAUGUAUUAAAGACUACUUUUUGAGUGAACUUUUUUUUCUAGAAAAUGACUUCCUCUUUUCCUCUUUUCUUCAUUAGAAUCAGUUAAGAACUUUCCAAGAUUAAUAAAUUUGUUAAUUGCUAAGUGUUUCAUCUUUCAACUAUAAACCGAAUAAUGCAUUUUCCCUCAUUAAUACAGGUAAAUUUUCACAUUUAGGAAAUAACCAGUAAUGCACAUCUUCCCAAAAAGCACAGGCAAAUUUACAAUCAUAGAAAAGAUUUUCUGUAGUUUCACUUUGAUCAUCCCAAAAGGAACAGUUGUUAUCAUCAAAACCAAAUCAACAACUUAAAAAUUCUCCUCAAAGAUAAAUUCCAUAAAGAAUAUUAAAGUGUACUUUCUUUGCUUUUGAUGCAACUGGAAAUUUCUAAUAUGUUGUUCUAAAAAUCUUAACUUUGUUCUUAGAAAAAUAUUAACAGAUUGUAUUUUUAUUUGAGGAAAAAGGAUAUAAUUCGGUUCCACUUUAUUUUACAGUAUGUGUACUAACAUGUACUUAUAGUGUACUUACAGUGUAUUUAUCUAAGAAAGUUCUGGUAACACAAGGUAACUACAUGGAGUAGGGUUAAGUUUAGGGGUAGGUUCGGGGUUAGUACCUAGUUAUUACAUAGUUAUUGUACUUACUAUAAUAAGUACAUAGUAUGUACAUGAGGAACAGGACUGUAAAAUAAAGUGCUAGCUAUAAUUCUUUAUAAGACUUUCCAGAUUAGUAUUGUGUAAAUUUUGGUUAGUAAGAGGAACUUCAUUCACCAAACGCUGAGGAAGACAAUGUGUUACAUUAUUCUGAGAUAAAUUACAAGAUAAAUGUAUUAUUUACAGCGUGUCAAAAAGAAAACAAACAAAACAAUUUUUUUUAAGAACUAAUAGUCUUCUUCAUUUCCUUAAUUAUAUAUCUCCUUACAAGGAUAGUUUUUAAAAUGAAUUUUAUAUAUUGCAUUUUUUCCCCAUUAAUUAAUGUGAUGCUGCUUGUUGCCAGAGUUGGGUAAAUUAUUCCCUUAGUGUCUCUGCUCUUUAUGGUGUGGUGCCAUGUGGAAAAAUGACUGCCUACCAGAUUAUGACUCCCUUCAUUCCCCAGUACGGUUAUAUUUAGGGUUAAGUGUGUGAGAUAGGAUUAGGCAAUCAGGUAACAGUUUAAAUGAGGAGGGUAAUAAUUUGGCAUGCUGGGAAUCGAUUUGGCACAACAAGAUUGAUGCCAAGGAUGAGGUGAAGGGAGUCCAGCAAAUAAAUGAAUAAUACACUUUUUAGAAAUAUGAUAAUAUGCAUUUUAAAAUUUAGGCUAAUUUAGUUUAAUUAGAAGUGAUUGCAUAAUCAAGAUUUCAUGUUCUUCAUUACAACCCACUGCUGGUUGCAAAAUAACUUUUUUCAUAGUACUUUUAAUGCUAUUAUUUUGUUGAGAGAAAUCUUACCCAAUGAAUAAAGUUUUGCUGAUGUGUGCAAAUAAUGUUUGACUGUAGAACUUCAAACCACAAACACGUGAUGAGAACUUCCUUCUGUUUUGUUUCAGUCUUAGCAGCAGUCAUUACACACCAGUAUGUGUGUGUGCGCAUUUAGUUUUCUAAAUGUAACAAAACUCCCAUGUAGAUAUUUAAGAAUGUCCAAAUAUUUGGUAGCAAUAACGAUUAACUUCCUAUAAACCAAUAGACAUCUAUAGUAUGAACUUCUGAGGGUCUGGUUCCUGGCUCACAUAUAAAGAGGUUUGUCAUGGGACAGAAUAAAACAGUGAAAUAUAAUAUAUAAUAUAAAUAUUCAAGUUCUAUGUGGUGGGAGAGAUAUAUAGAAGCUCAUCUGUGUCAUUUUACACAUUUUCAACUUCCUGUUUUAAAGAAUACAACAUCAGCCAUCUUGAUGUUUGCUACGAUGACAUCCUUCAUCCUUCUCUUUAUCACAAGUAAUAAACUCAAUAAAUUAAUUAAAAUGACAAUAAUUGAAAUUUCUAAUAUUAUGUUUUUGUCAUUUUCAAGUGAUUUAUUUAUAAUUUGUUCUAUAUUUGGAAAAGGAAAUAGGCUAUGCUUUGUCUGCCAUAAUGAUCUCCUUCAGGU